UCUCCAGCGUACUUGGCGAGCUUGAGAGGCGAGAGGAUCCUGCAAACAGACGCGGGGCGUGGAGUCCCGAGCCGCAGACGAGGGGAGGCGCGCACAGACUGACUCUCCCCUGCUCUCCGCCCCCGCCUCCCCCUGUGGCCGGCCGGACCUGCACCCUGCGCUUGCCCCCGCUCCUCCUCCCCCCACCCGGCCUGGCGCGCUCCUCCCCGGCCGGCCCCUCGCGGCGCGGCGCGCUGGAGGCGAACGCAGGCUGAGCCGAGCGCAGUGGCCGCCGACCACCGAGCGCCCCGCGCCGUUCCCUGCAUGUGCGGCCCGCGGCGGCUCGCAGCCCCCGGCAGCAGCCUCGGCAGCUUCGGCCGUGCCUCGAGAGGCGGCUGCAGCGGCUCCAGCAGCGGCCGAGCGGUCGAACCUGGGCUGGGAGACAGGAUGCGCCGCGUCCUCCGGCUGCUCCUCGGCUGCUUCCUCACGGAGCUGUGCGCCCGCGUGUGCCGGGCGCAGGAGCGAACCGGGCACGGGCAGCUGGCGCAACUGGGCGGCGUGUUGGUGCUCACGGGGGUUAAUCGCUCCGGGGCCGCCUCUGGAGAGGCCGGCGAGGGCGCUGGGGUCUCAGACGCGCCCCCUACUCGGGCGCCCACGCCGGACUUCUGUCGGGGAUACUUCGAUGUUAUGGGCCAGUGGGACCCGCCGUUCAACUGCAGCUCGGGCGACUUCAUCUUCUGCUGCGGGACUUGUGGCUUCCGGUUCUGCUGCACGUUUAAGAAGAGGCGACUGAACCAAAGCACCUGCACCAACUACGACACGCCACUCUGGCUCAACACUGGCAAGCCCCCUGCGCGCAAGGACGACCCCCUGCACGACCCCACCAAGGACAAGACCAACCUGAUCGUCUACAUCAUCUGCGGGGUGGUGGCUGUCAUGGUGCUCGUGGGUAUCUUCACCAAGCUGGGGCUGGAGAAAGCACACCGGCCCCAAAGGGAGCACAUGUCCAGGGCACUUGCAGAUGUCAUGAGGCCACAGGGUCACUGCAACACUGAUCACAUGGAGAGAGACCUUAACAUUGUUGUUCAUGUCCAGCACUAUGAGAACAUGGACACGAGAGCCCCUAUAAACAAUCUGCAUACCACCCAGAUGAACAAUGCAGUACCCACUUCUCCUUUGCUCCAGCAGAUGGGCCAUCCACAUUCCUACCCCAAUCUGGGCCAGAUCUCCAACCCCUACGAACAGCAACCACCAGGAAAAGAGCUCAACAAGUAUGCCUCCUUGAAGGCAGUUGGAAAUUCUGAUGGUGACUGGACAGUGGCGACACUUAAGUCACCAAAAGCUGACAAGGUCAAUGAUGACUUCUACUCCAAGCGACGGCACCUGGCUGAGCUGGCCGCCAAGGGGAACCUACCUCUUCACCCAGUAAGAGUGGAGGAUGAGCCCCGGGCCUUCAGCCCCGAGCAUGGGCCUGCCAAGCAGAAUGGACAGAAGUCCCGCACCAACAAGAUGCCCCAACAUCCCCUGGCCUACAACUCUACCACCAACUUUAAGGGCUGGGACGCCAAUGAGCAGUCCCUCCGGCGGCAGGCUUAUGGCAACAAGGGCAAGCUGGGUGCAGCAGAGUCGGGUUCCAGUGACCCCUUGGGAACUCGCUCCCAACACUACCCACCCACACAGCCAUACUUCAUCACCAACAGCAAAACAGAAGUGACUGUCUGAGCUGUCGCUGCAGGGAGCACCCUGGAGACCACACUCAACUGAUAGAGGCAAAAAACAUCCCAGUCCAUACCUUCCCUGCCCUGCCCCCUCCAUGCACCCACACUCACUGUCAACAGGAACCGACUAGGGAUCUACUGGUGAUACGGCAUCACGCUUUUCCUAGGUCAUACCUAACAUGCGUCAGGCAGGGGAAGUACUGAAGCAUGGACAUUCAGCAAUACAGCAAAGAGGAAACUGAGGCAGUCUUUCAGCUUCAGGCCCAAGGUGGCCAACUCACUGGCCCAAAUCACGGGGCUAAUUUUUCUUUUCCUCCUAACUUAAAACUGAAAUCCAUGAUGAAAAAAAUAAACAAGUAGCACAAUUUAGAGAAAUUGUCCAUUGGAGCACACAUACCAUUUACUAAGUGCUGUCUGUUUCUGAGUGAAAGAGGGAUAGAGAAAGGACAAGGGUAGACACAAAACAAGAAUGUACUUCAAAGAGGAGUUACCUUGGGAGGAAUAUACCCACAUUCUAAGCAUUUCCUAAUCCCAAGAAGUGAUGAGGUAGCAAAAUGUGACAAUUGUGGGACAGUAACUGAGCCCCAACCAUUGUAUCAAUAGUACUUUUCAUAUUAUCAAUGUUGAAAGCAAAAAAGCAACACACACACAAACUCAAAAAAAAAAAAAAUAGACCCUGAACCCACCGACAGUGAUGGGAAAGAAACAGCGUUUUUAGAGAACUCCCAUAGAGACCAUGACUAUGGAAAUGGGAGAGAUAGGCUGAUGGCGGGAAGAGGAUCCAGAGAGAAUUCUAAAUAAGUUUAAAAAGGGACAAAUAAAAUAUAGGCUUACUACAGAACAGACAAGAACAGCAAAUUAACUUUUGUCCAAAAUCUUCAAGACUUGAGAAAUCAAAAUGAUAACAACAACAACAAAAUCUACAGUUGGAAAAGUCAAGAGAUGAGAUGAGAACCCAGAAGCUUCUGAUUUCUGGCAUUUUUCAUUCACCUCCAAGCCUCGAAACAGCCACAGAAACAAGUCCUCUAUUAACUGUCUAUCUUUGACUUCCCAUCCCCUUCAGCGCAUUCCUGCAGGCGCUGCCAAACUUCAACUGCUUUGGACUGAAAAUGUUAUAAGCGUGGGUGGUGCCUUCAAUGUGUUGUUGUUUGAUGACAGUCUUGUUUCUCAAGUGCAACCCGUGUUCUUUUAGCCUUCCUCCUUCCUGUUUUUCUGCAGUAGUAAAAUUGUUUCCAUUCUUACUUUGUAGGUGAGCCCAGCCCAUAACACUUCUGAGGGGUCAGCUGCAAUGUCAGCAGUAUCUGAGGACACUCCCACUAACCCCACAGUCCCUCUGAAUCACUGUCCAGAUACCCCAUGCCUUCAUCACUCACCUAGAAUUUCCUUAAGUUGUCUUUCAGGUUGAUUCUUAUAAUCAGUAGCCCUGGGGUACCCCACCAAAAGCAAUUUUCCUAAAAAUCUUGUUUGCUUAAUGCAUGGGGGGAGAAGCGAACAUCAUAUAAAGUAUGAAGUUUCCAACUAGCCCCUGAACAUUUUAGCUAAUUAAUAGCUAAAAAACCCCACAGUUCCUCUGGUGUCAGAAAUUGCAAAUGUUCUGAUCAAAGAAUAGCAUUUCUUGCAGCAUUCUGCCUUCCGUCUCUCCACCCUGGCAUCAUGGAACCAACACAGCUGGAUAUUUAUUCUCCCCAUCGCUCCCUACAGAUAUAAAGACACUGACAAUACUUUUGAUCUCUCUGGGCCUUAGUUUCCUAUCUGAAACAUGGGGCAUUGGGACUAGGUCAAACUUUAAAGCUUUCUGAAAUAUCAAAACCUCUGCCUCUUUUUAAACUGAAAUCUUACAAAGAACCUACUAUGUAAGGCUUCUAUGUAAAAAGAGAUGUGGUCCAGGGUGUAACAGGGGUGAGAGACCCCUUCAGGCUGAGGCCCUAGUACUCCCCAAAGUAAAGUCAACAGAGCUGGGCGUGGUCAGUAUUUCAACAUUAGUUAGCUACAGACCUGCAACACAUGUAGGCAUCUCUGUGUAUUAUCAUCACAAUAUUUGUAUCUAAAUUGAUUCAUUUUUAAUUUGUUAUUUUUAGAAGGACAAUUUCUUACUUUCAUCAUAAAAAAUCAGUGUUAUUUACUGUAAAUAGAAUGAAUUAGUAAGUGCAAAAACAAGGCAACAGUGGUUAAAUUUUAGCUAAUACUGGUACCUGUGAAAAGGUUCACAGCCUAAAGUCUGGCACAAGCUUGUUCUGUUAAAAAGAAAGUAUGAGAUGUUACAGUGUUUGAGAUACUAGUACCCAAUGGAGACUUUCCUUGCAUCAAUCAGAUGAACUGAAAGGUAAAUAAAAAGGAAUCUUUCAGGUGAAUCAGUGUUAAAUAGUGCUAUAUCCACUGUACUCUAUCUACCACUGUUUUGCAUAAACUAGUUGUACACAGCCUACACUUCACGAAAUACUGGGCUUAUCUGUGAGGCUCUCGCCAGCUCAAAGGUUCUAUAACCCUUGUCUCCCCUCUAGCUUACCUUUGGCCUUUGUCAUCAACCCACUUUAUUUUAUCCUUAACUCUGACAAAAGGAUUUUCUUGGUCCCUGAAUCUGUAGUGUUUUGUUUUUCCCUCCUGCUCCUCCUUUUUGGAGUAAACUCCAUCUAGUUAACUUGGAUCCUUGGAAUCAGCAGAUCUAAUUUUGUCAGCAAAGAUGUAGCCUAGCCUGUUACAUAAGAUGUAGCCAUGAUGGAAGCCUGGGAAGAAUAAGUAUUCCCAAAGUGGCACUGUCCAAGAAGGAUGUCCCAAGGAGUACUUCCAUUUCAACACCUUCCACUGAAGGAGAUGGCUUAGGGAGAUGAAGUGAGGAGAAAAGUUUGCGUGGGGAAGGCCUGCUUAUCCUUUGACUUCCUUUUGAAAUGGAGACAGACCUCAUGAUACUGACAGAGAGGGAAAUCUAUGGAACUGUAUAUGACUGCCAUUAUUGUGGCAAGGAUCCUACAAUAAGGUGAGGAGACCUAACAAAGAAAAACCAGAUCAAAACAGACUGUACUCUCCUCAUUCCAUGCCCUGGUACUAGCCUCUUCUUCCUUUUGGCUGUUCCCUGAUUUCCAGCCCAGUGGGAUCAGUCUGGCUUCCCUUUGCCUUCCCAGAGUGUCUCAGCCUCCAUUUGCCUUGGGCUCUGCCUGGCAUCCCCAUUUAAUUCCUCCAGUUUUUUUGUGUAAAUGGAGCAUAUUUUAUGUGCAAAUAUUUUAGUAACUGUAUGUUCUGCAAGUAAACCUGUGUUAAUACUUGUCUCACCUGCAGAGUUUAUGAUACCAAUAAUACUUCCUACAAUGAAGAAAAACAUUUGUUUGUUUUCUAAGAAUGUUUAUUUGUAAACAUAUGUAUUCACUAUAUUAAUAUGAAUUUCUUACCUGGCAAUAAAACUGAUUAUAUGUGA